CACGUGACGUCAGUGAAAGCACACGCCUUAAACAUGGCGGCGCCCAUGAUGAGCGUGAGAUAGGUGUUGCAUAGAGUGUCAAAGAUCAAUCACCUGCUUAAUGCCGCAGUCCUCACGAAUAAUAUGGACAGACGAGAAUUCACAGCCUCCCUUGUGGCAGGCGGCUGUGCGGGAAUGUGUGUAGAUCUCACUCUCUUUCCUCUGGACACCAUAAAGACUAGGUUACAGAGCCAGCAGGGCUUUUACAAGGCGGGAGGAUUCCGAGGGAUCUAUGCAGGGCUCCCGUCAGCUGCUAUAGGCUCCUUUCCCAAUGCUGCUGUGUUUUUCGUCACCUAUGAAAGCACUAAGUCGUUAUUUACCGGCUACAGUGCUACAAACUUGGCCCCCAUCACUCACAUGCUGGCCGCUUCACUUGGAGAAAUCGUCGCCUGUCUGAUCCGUGUGCCGACUGAAGUAGUAAAGCAGAGGACACAGGCCAGUCCCUCUCUCAAUACCUACCGAGUGCUGCUGAAUACACUACAAGAAGAGGGUUUCAGAGGCUUGUACAGAGGUUAUGGCAGUACAGUACUUAGGGAGAUCCCAUUCUCGCUGGUGCAGUUUCCACUCUGGGAGUAUCUAAAGGCCGUUUGGUGGAUGAGGCAGGGGGGACGGCUGGACUCUUGGCAGGCAGCAGUGUGCGGAGCUCUUGCAGGUGGAGUAGCAGCGUUUGUCACGACUCCGCUAGAUGUUGCGAAGACUUGGAUAAUGUUGGCUAAGACUGGGACGAGCACCGCCAGUGGAAACAUCCCAACGGUUUUGUAUGAGGUGUGGAGGAGCCGAGGAAUACCUGGGCUGUUCGCCGGCAGCAUCCCCAGAGUGACGUUCAUCAGCAUGGGAGGCUUCAUUUUCCUCGGAGCAUAUGAGAAAGUGCGCCGUAUGCUUUUAUAAACACCCUCGUCAUGGACGGUGUGGGUCGGUUUGUACUGGACCGGUUUCCUCAACCCAAACUCUGACUGUACAGCCAAAACUGCAAAACAAGGUCAGAGACCAGGAGCAACCGGUAUAUUACAGAUGAGUUGAGGUUGUUCAAAUCUGACCGAGAACGCACCCUCUGUCCUAGUUUGAACCGGUGGUCUUGAGGGCCACGGCGAGGACACCUGGUGCCUGGAUAAAAAGAUCACAUAACACAGUGGUUUGCAUUCCUGAUCAUCAGUGCACAACAGAUUGAGUUUAACUGCCUGGAUUUUACUUAUGUUGCACCACAGAUCGAGUUCAAACUCACAUAUCAUUUUUGCAAGCCUAUAUGUGUCUAUUAAAAAAAGUAUUUUUACAAAAAUGAAUCGGCUAUUUGUAUUAAGACAUGACUGUGCUGGUAUUUAUAUACUAAACUCUCAAGUAUGCACUAAUAGGUAACAAGUUUAAGGGCAUUACCAAUAUUACUCCAGUGGAUUAUUGUAACUAGUUGCUCUACUUCACUAUUAUUAGCUGAUAAACACACAGUGAGACUCAAGCAGAAUGCAGAGAAAAAGCCUAUUCAUACAAAGUCAUUUCAACCACUGUGCAUCAAAAUAAAACAAACCAGAAGGAGUAAAAGAGCAAAAUGUGACUUUAAUAAACACCUGGCCAUUUUGACACUUCAACAGUUUUAGCCAUGUGGAUGAUCAGCUGUGAUUAGAGUUCAGUUCAAAACAGGGUGACCCACACAUCUGUAGAGUUAACCUAUUUGAAUUAGUGGGGUUCUUCACAGAGCUGGAUUACACAAAUAACCAUUUAACCACAGUAUCAAUGUACUGCUAAGGUCAGUUUCAACAGCUUUGGGGUUAAACUGGUGUUUGCUGUAAUCUAACUUUAUAAAACAUUCACCAAGUUUAGUAGUAGAUUUUUUUUUUCUUUCUUUCUUUUACUAUUUGGCCUAAAAAACCUUGGCUUUGACAUGAACAUGAACCGGUUUGGCUCAGGCUAACUAAUAAACGUAUCUUAGCAUUAGCUGCUUUAGUCUUUACCAAAGACUAUGAGAGAUUCUCUGAGGUGUUCACUUAUUCCCUUUACGUGAAGAUAUUCUGUGUAGCUGAAGACCAGCACACACAGCUUGAGCUUUCUAGAGACGCUCUUUCCCUUUCGUGAUUUGGCAGCGUUCAGCUUACGAACGUCUAAUGUCACUGUUAGAAAGUCACUGUUAGAGCAAAUCUCUCUAAGUAUUAUUUUUGGAUAGUUUGUUAUUUCCCCAAAUAUGU